AAUAAUCAGCCAGAUGGUUCUGAGAGAACCGAUUCAUAUAUAAAAAGUGGUGGCAAAAAAAAUAAUGAGCCAGAGAGCUCUAGCACUUCUUCAGAACAAAUCAUAUCCGCUACUAUUUCUAAAGAAAAAAUUUCAUUAGGUAGUGCG